AUGCCAGAGGGCAAAACCACUCAAUCGGUAGCGGCUCCCGCCAUAGCCAUCCCAAUCACGCUGGCCAGGGCACCUUCCCAACCAGUUUCACCAUCUCCCCCUGCCGUCAAUAGUCCACUUCGUGCCUCAACCCAGAGAAAAACGCGGCGACGUGUGGCACUCGCUUCCCUCGAUCCGGAAAACCGUCCGCAUGAAAACACCCAAGAAGAUUAUUCCGACCUUGUGCACGCAGACUGCAAGUUCAUAUUUGAAAAGGCCGACAGAGAUCGUCGGCAGCUUACGGCGCAACUCAAAAAGGCGACGGAUGCUGCGCGCAAGUUCAACGCAGAAAAGGUGCGAUUCAAUGCACAACUCCGAAAGCUCACGUCAGAGUUGAACGAGUCGAAACAAAAGAACGUCGAUUUGGAACAACGCCUUAAGGAGUCGACUGUGGACCAUCAGAUUCAUAUUCUACGGGAAGAACAUAAGAGAAUUUUAGAAGAGUUGGGCAGGGUCUCUUCGUCUGUGUCAAGAACAAUCGAUUCAAAGAGAGAUGAAUCCCAAAGCAUAUACCUGAGCGGUGUUAAUUCUUCUUCCGAUAUUGCUCAAAGCUCUUGGACACAGGCUGAGCAGUUAAUGCUGCACGACGAUCAAGUCGUUCCAACCGGAUUGACAUCAAUACCCCCUACUUCCAAUUCUUUGAUGGGGCUGCCGCCUUUGCACACGUAUAAUACAAUGCCUUGA